UGUGUCUCAAUAUUUUCAUUUUGUUUAAAAACUCAUCCAAAUAUGCGAGUGCCGAACAUACAGAACCGGACCGUUUACACCCACCUAAACACCACUACCUGGACAUUGGAUAAGUACAAGACUGACGCCCAUAAGGCCUUCUACUAUAUCGAGAGCAUAUGCAACGCCUGGUUCUCGUUUGAGAUCGCCAUGAGAUUUGUGGUGAGUCCGAGUAAAUUGGAUUUUGUAAGGGAUAUGAUAAACAUUAUAGACUUCAUAGCAACGAUGUCUUUCUACUCUGAUAUGCUUCUUCAACGAUUAACGGCUGACAUCGAAAAUGCCGAUAUACUCGACUUUUUUAGUAUAAUCCGUAUAUUAAGACUCUUUAAGCUGACCCGACACUCCAGAGGACUCAAGAUAUUGGUUCAUACGUUCAAAGCGAGCGCUAAAGAGUUGUUUUUGUUAGUAUUUUUUCUGGUGUUGGGUAUUGUCAUCUUCGCUAGUCUUGUCUAUUAUGCCGAACGACUUCAGGCCAACCCUAGGAAUGACUUCAAAAGUAUUCCGGAGGGCUUGUGGUGGGCUAUGAUUACUAUGACUACUGUUGGUUAUGGUGAUAUGGUUCCCCGAACCUAUGCAGGAAUGCUUGUGGGUGCUCUCUGUGCUUUGGCCGGUGUGCUCACAAUAGCCCUACCGGUGCCUGUUAUCGUAUCAAACUUUACAAUGUUUUACUCACACACUCAGGCCCGCGAAAAGCUGCCCCGACAGAGAAGGCGGGUGUGUAAUGUACCCGAAGAGAGAGAUCCACUCAAUGAUAAUAAAAAUACAAAUAGCGGACCAUUUCAAACAAAUAGACGCACCAAUGCCGUCAAACUUUCAUUUGGCUCACCAAACGAGAAAAGUUAUCAAAUCAAUGCCGUCCCCAAUGUUAGCCCAAACGCUAAAUGCAUUGAAAGCACAACCACUACAACUAACACAACCACAACUGCACCGACAGUCAGCACAACAGUGGCCACCAAUCCUAAAGACAAAUCGCCGCAACAAACUAUAACAACCACUACAGUACACACUAACAGCCAACCAAUCAGUGAUACAAAUACCGGAAGUGCAUCGAUAAUCAACACGAGUAAUAGCUGUUUGUGCUCCGCUACCCAUACAUCCACCAGCAGUGCCAUCAAAGCAGCCAAUACUACAGUGACAGUGGACGCUAAAACCGGUACUAAUCCACAGGUGCACACUGUUGUCACAUCCACUUCUGUUGUGACCACCACUCCAGUUAUGACAACCACUCCUGUUGUGACCACUACUGCAGUUAUGACAACCACUCCCGUUGUAACCCUUAAUUCUGAUGUGAUUACCAGUACUCCAGUGGUGACAACUGAUCAGACAAUACAUUCUUCCAGUGACGACACGUCGUCUUCACAGAAAAAGCCUUCGUCGCGAAAAUCUUCGCGAAAAUCUUCGCGAACCAGCGCUAACUCGACAACAAUUUGGCUUUAA